AUGGGAGUCUUCUUGAGCAAGCCGAGUGUGACCAAGUUUUCUGAAGAUGGCGAGGACAGCGAUGUCGGCUUCGGGGUGUCGUCUAUGCAGGGAUGGAGGAGGAACAUGGAGGAUGCACACCUGGCCCUGCUAGACCUACAGCAGCACCCGCAGGAGGGAGGGGAGCGGCAGGGGGGGGGCGAGGAGGUCAGGAUGUUCGGGGUUUUUGACGGGCACGGAGGCAAGGAAGUGGCCUUGUUCGUGCAGGAGCACAUGGCAAAAGAGCUGGUCAAGCUUGAGGAGUACAGAAGCGGAGACUACCCGAGAGCCUUGGCGAGGGUAUUCCAUCGCAUGGACGAGUUGCUAGAGGGGGCUGCUACCGAACUUGUGCGGUCACGAGGGCCAUCACAAAGAAUGCUGCCGGACGGACAUGACGGGGGCGAGACUUCGAGGGCUAGCGGGGGUGCUCAGCAGUUGUUGACACUGGGAGAAUCGAGCCAAAGCGAGGCGGAGAGGGGGGUUGGGGGCGAUGCCACCAAGGACAAGGAAGGAGAGGAGGAAAAGGAGACUAGAAGUGAGGAGAAGGAGGGCGUAACAACGGGCGUUGCGGACAUGGAGACGGAGAUGGCGUCCGCGGAGCUGUAUAAGGUUAUCUGUCAAGAGCUCGCGGAGUACAGAUCGAGGAAAAACCCGAGCGAUGAAGAGGCCGAGGAACCACCAUCGAAAGCGGCGGCGAACCCUAUCCUUGGCUCAGGCCAGGACUACGACAGCGAUGAGGAGGAUGCCGGGGUCGGCGGCGACGGCAGCAGCGGCGGGCACCGCAAUCGAAAGGACAAGGUUGGUGUCGUGGAUGCCAGCGCUGCAGACAGUGGCGACAACGAUGUCCUCGAGCUCGGUUCCGGCGGGCCCAAUGGCGGCGGCGGCAGAAAGAUCAAAAUGGCCGACGCUCUCGAGCUCUUCCACCGGAUCCUGGACAUCCGGAAAGACCAGCAGCGCAACGCCGCCGCUGACGCCGCCGCCACCACCGGUGCCGGUUCCGACCCUACCUCCGUAGGAGGCGGGAAGGACGACGACGCUUCUACCUGCCCCACUCCCCUCCCCUCCGACACGGCCUGCGACGGUGGUGGAAAACCUAGAGGAGCCGGUAACGGUAGCGAGCAGGUAGCGCCGUCCGAGGGGGGGAUGGGGGGCGAGGCAGUGUCUGCGGGGGAGCCCGGUGGGUCCGGGGAGGGCGCGGCGGCGGCGGCAGCGGCGGCGUCGCCAGCUGAAGAGAAGGAAGAGGGGGAGGACAGGGGCGCGUUGCUGCCGGCCGGAGGCGCGGGGCAGGAGGAGGAGGACGAGGAGGAGGGGGAGGAUACCUUCGGUGACAGUGACGAGUCGGAAGAGGACGAUGUCGUUGUCACCGCCAGCCCUGCCGGGGGGGGAGGCGGAUCCCCGGGGGAGGGGGCGGCGGCAAGGCCUCGGUUAGGGCUUGGGUCGAGCCUCGCGUCGAUUGUUCACGGCCAGGGCGGGAACGCUCCGACGUGCAGCCUCCAAGAUCACCCUAUUCAGGCCGGGUGCACCAGCGUUGUUUGCCUUAUGGUCGGGAAGGUGCUGCACGUGGCCAACGCGGGAGAUUCUAGGGCGGUGCUGUGCCGAGGAGGUGUGGCGGUGGCCUUAUCCCACGACCACAAGCCAAUGUCUGUCACCGAGAAACGUCGGAUCGAAGGAGCGGGAGGCUUUGUUAAUGCGGCAGGACGUGUAAACGGUAACCUGAACCUGUCAAGGUCUAUCGGUGACCUCAAGUAUAAGGCCAACAAGGGACUACCCCCGGCGGACCAGAUGAUCACGGCAGAGCCGGACCUGAAGUCGGUGGAAGUUACCGAUGAGGACCGGUUCAUGAUACUUGCAUGCGACGGAGUCUGGGACUGCAUGACGAGUCAGGAGUGUGUUGAUUUUGUCGGCGCCCGAGUAGGCAAGAUGUCUCUGUCGAAGGUUUGCGAGGAGGUGAUGGACGAGUGUAUGUCGGAUGACCCCCGAAGGACAACCGGCAUCGGCGGCGACAACAUGACGUGCAUCGUUGUCCUCCUUGACAAGACGUUUAGCGCGGAGACAUUGCCGCCGCGGGGCGAGGAAACGAAAGAUAGCGCCGACGAGGACCCCAGCGGUGCUGCUGUCGAGGAGGGAGGCGCAGGAGCUUCUUCUGCUGGUUCGGGUACGGCUGUUGGUGAUGCUGCUGCUGUUGCGGGUGACGAGGCACCUGCUGUCUCUCUGGAGGAAGGCAAGGAGUAAUGACGCAGCCCUAACGCGAGCAUCGGCGCUGGGUUCCAAGGUUGGGUCGGCUAACAGGGCUCGACAAGGCGGCACAGGUUGCUUUGAGAGACGCGGGAGCGGGGAAAGGGCGUGGCGCAUUUUCGGUUUUCCCCGUAGACUUUUUUUUUGUUGUUGCCUUGAAAAAGGUAAAAUAAUUUAGAGCCCUAAAACGAUGAUGUUGAAUCUUGGGGGCGAUUCGACCAGUAUAGUCCCGGCACACGUAGCUGUGUUUGUGUUGGUACGCAGUAUCUCUUUUGUUUUUGUUGUUGCUCUUCGGUUGCUGGCCUCCUCAUUAUCCCCGGAAGGCAAGCUGUGUCGUCCGACAGUCAACGAAUAACCAUUGGCAGCUGGGUGUGUGUUUCGGCAACGAUCUCGGCUAUUUAGCUGUUUCCCUGUGGAGUGGAGUGCUCACACAGCGGUAGUCUAAUUAGUUGGUGUCCUGCCCCUCUCUCUCUCGGCAUCUAUGAAACAUUAACAUUUACUCCAGUAGUCUAUGCUUUUUUAAGACGCACACUCUUUGGUCUAGUACCCUGAAAAGUAUUUAGUAUGCACUUUGGACUUUGCUUCGAGACGAUUCGCGCCACGGGGCUUCGAUUUGAGCUAGUCAGAGAUUGUUUCUUGUUCUCUGGGGUGCAAUUGAUCGAUCGAGCGCCCUGUGAGGGCGUUUGGCUACAGUUGCUUGUGAACCAUCAUCGAUGAGGUUGAUGUUUGGUUCUGCCCAUGGGUUGAUUGACUGGUUGCUGCCUCUUGGCGGAGGAUGGUGUCGUACAUGUA